AUGAGAAGUGAGCGAUCGUCAGCUUGUAUAUGCGCGAUCGUCGAGCGGCGGCGGCAGCCGAGAUCGAGUCGGCGGCGGCAUUGGGUGGCAUGCAGAGGAAAUGCGAUCGACGGACGUACCGCCCGACGGUAAAAGCCUAGACUCCAUUAACGCGUUGAGCUGCGGCAACGUUGUGUGGCGACGCAUUGCGUUCGACUCUAUAGGUGCGUUGGACAAAACCGUGACGCACUUGACGCCGCCGAACGUAACCUUAAAUUCUGGAUUGCGAAACGCAGUGUAUCUCUUGCAGCAUACAUAACUCUAAAAUUGCAUAGUGCAAAUUAUUAUUUAAAAAAUGGAUGAAAAUCUUGCUCUGCUUUUAUGGCUUCGAAGGAGGAAACGGCGAAAUCGAUUGAAAGAAAAUAGAAGAACGGCUCGUUGGUGGAUUCAUCCAAUAAUUAGAGAACGAUUUGAACAAGGUGCAUAUGAAAAUUUGAUAUUGGAAUUGCGAAAUGAUCCUGAGCGAUUUUUCAAUUUUCAUCGAAUGUCACAUAAUCAAUUUGAUCAAUUGCUAGCUGUAGUUGAAAGUCAAAUAACAAAACUGCACGUAACAAGAGAACCCCUGAGUGCUGGAUUACGUCUUUCAUUGACUAUACGGUACCUUGCUUCAGGUGACAGCAUGAUAAGUUUGCAUUAUUUGUACCGUAUUGGUAAAUCUACUGUUCCAAAAAUUAUUACGGAAACGACUCAUGCUAUUUGGGUGGCACUUAUGCCAAGAGUUCUUCCACGACCUACGGCUGCAACAUGGGCCAAAGUUGCUAUAGAUUUUGAACAGAAGUGGAAUUUUCCUAACUGUGUCGGAGCCAUUGAUGGUAAGCACAUUCAAGUACAAUGUUUCAAAAAUACGGGCUCGGCUUUUUAUAAUUAUAAGAGUCAAUUCAGCACAGUUCUACUUGGAGUGUGCGAUGCCAACUUAAGAUUUAUUUAUGUGAGUAUUGGUUCUGCUGGAAGAGAAAGCGACGGUGGUAUUUUUCGAAACACGGAUUUUGGAAAGCAUUUAAUGGAUGGAACUUUAGCAUUACCUCCACCAAAGAAUCUUCCAAAUACAAAUAUUUCCUUGCCUAUGGUGUUUGUCGCAGAUGCAGCAUUUCCACUUCUAACGAAUAUGAUGAGGCCAUAUCCAGGUACCAAUUUGACUGCGGAUAAAACCAUUUUUAAUUACCGUCUUAGUAGAGCCAGGAGAUUAAUCGAAAACACUUUUGGAUUGAUGUCAUCACGUUGGCGAAUCUUUCGAAAGCCAAUUAUUGCAUCGAUUCCAAUUGUAGAAAAUAUCAUUAAAGCUUGUGUUGUUUUGCAUAAUUGGCUUAUAAAUGAAGAUCUUCAAAUACUACCUGCUCGUAGAAGAUACAUUCCGAAUGAUUUGGUUGACCGUGAAGAUUGCUGUGAUAAUACAGAAAAUGUGAUAUGGAGAGUGGAAGGACAGCUACCUUUAUGGCAGAACUUAACUGCAACUACAUGUAGAAACUCUUCAAAUGAAGCAAAACAAGUUAGACAGGGAUAUACAAAGUAUUUUAUGGAGGAAGGUGCCGUAGAUUGGCAGUGGAGAAAAAUAGCAAAUUUUGAAGAACGUUGUUUAUGAUACAAACAAAAAAUGCUCGACUUGAAUUCGAAGGACAUGGUGACGUUGAAGGAGGCCGAGACAUUAAUGAUGAAUACGAACUACUAGCUGUUGAAGAGCAUGGAGAAUUUAAAUUUCGAAGCACAGGACUAGGAGAGUUUGACGAGAUAUAAGGCGUAUUAUUCGUCAAAAUAGGAGUUAACAGUUCCCUAUUUUGUUGUGAUGAAGAACUCUUCAUAUAAUCACCUAAAAAAUAAUUAUUACUAUUACAACAUUGGAACGUUUCUUGAGCUAUUUUUGUACACUUUUGUGUUAUUGUCUUUAUAAUUUUUGGGUAAUUCAGGACAACCAAUUUUUGUUCUAUGUCCCAUUUAAUUGUGAUUUCAAAAUCAAAAUUUUUCAAUUUUGUAAUAGUAAUUAAAUGUUUUAUUUCAUAAGAAUCUAUAAUAUUCACCAUUAAAAAACAAAACGUACUUAUUUCCACUUCGCAGUUUUGUGUCGAUGACGAUGUUGACUGUAUUGAUGAUACAGUUGACUGUAUUGGUAUUAUAUACUGUGAUGGUGUAAAAACUUGAGUUAUUUGGACAUUAUCAUCUUGUAAAUUAGAAAUUGUUCUGAAAUUAUACAGCUAAUUAAUAAAUAAGAUUAAAUUAAAACGUGAA